CUUCUCCCGUUCCGAUCCAAACCUCGCACUAUCGGGUGAGCCGCAGGCGGCGUCGGCUCGGCUCCGGCUGUGGGGGGUGCGGCGGCAGCGGCAGCGGCGUCGGCCUUCGCGGGAGACGCGGCGGCGGCCGGGCGGGCUUCGGCCGUGGGCCUUGCGCCCGCGCCUGGGCGGGCUCGCCGUGGCAGCAACGCGCCAGGGCAUCGGCCUUUGCUGGAGACGCGGCGGCAGCCGCGCGGGCUUCGGCCGUGGGCCUAGCGCCCGCGCCUGGGUGGCCUCGCCGCGGCAGCAACGCGCCAGGGCGUCGUCCUUCGCGGGAGAGGCGGCAGCGGCCGGGCGGGCUUCGGCCGAGGGCGUCACGCCCGCGCCAGGCGUCGGCAUUCGCGGGGAGCGGGCUUGCAGGCUGUCUUUCAUAGAAUGCUAAGCAGUGGAGAAUUGAUGCUGGAGAAAUGCAAGUUUAGCAGUUCUUGACGUCUACACGGCUCAGCGCCUAUUUCUUCCAGGGAAGAAAGCACAGCAAUUCAUUAUGAAGAGCAGCGAUGGAAACCGAAUCAGGUUACAACCAAUGUGGAGAAAAGUUGCCUAUGGGGGAAGGCAGUCAGGAUAUGAUGACAACUACACUGACGAGUCCUUCCUCGAGGAGAUGGUUAUGAAUGCCAAUGUCGUCAAGAGGGACCUUCUGAAAGUGAUGAUCGACUCUGUCUCCAUAUCACAGUAUCUCUGCAUCGUCGCUCUUGUGGUUUCUACAUGGAUCCUUACGCUGAACUUGGACAUUGAUGAAUGUACUCUUCUCAAACUAGAUGUUGGUCUUCUCCUUGUUGGGUUCUCGGUCCUCUUGCUCACAACUUGUCCAUUCUCACUGAAGCUUCUGACAAAGUAUGUCCUCAAUAUAUCAUUCUUCAUAAGUGGUCUUUAUGUUCUUGCACCAAUUUAUCAUACCCUCACCAGGUCCAUCAGUUCAGAUUCAAUAUGGGCCCUUGCUGUAUCUCUUCUGCUGGUUCAUCUUUUCUUGCAUGAUUAUUCUGGUUCAACGAUAAGGCCUCCAGGCGCAUUGAACAAUCCAAAGUUAACUAGCAACAUCUCCUUGAAUGCAUCGAUAGUAACCUCUGUCCUUGUGGCUUCGCGGCUUCCAUCAAGGCUGCAUGUCUUUGCAAUCAUGUUGUUCUCCUUACAAGUCUUCCUCUUUGCACCCCUCAUUACUUUCUGUGUGAAGAAAUACCACUUUAGGCUUCAUCUGCUAUUCUCCUUUGCACUGAUGGCUGUGGCCCUGAGUGUCACAUACCAGUUGCAUCGAAUGUUUUUCACUGUGUUAUUGGCACUUCUUGUUUUUGUCUCAAUCGUUUGCCCUUACUGGCUUAUAAGGAUUCAGGAAUACAAGUUUGAGAUCAAUGGCCCCUGGGAUGAAGCAAAACUCUGCUUUGAUAUAACUGAAUAGCAGUGCAAAGUUUUCUUAACGAAUGAUAGAUUGGUUUGGUGGUAUACUGGCAUAUAUAUGGCUUGCUGCUCGCCUUCUUAGAUGUUUUCAUGUGAAUGUAUAUACUCUUUAAUGGAUUUAUUGUGUAACCGACACUAAUUCUUGGCAUGCUUUGGCAUGCCUAAUGAUCACUGACAGUUUGGGAUGUUAUAACGCUACUUUGUAAGCAAGAUCUCUAUUCUGUCAUUACUGACUGGCAUAUUUGUGAGGCAAAAAGCUAUUGCAUUUGUGAAUUGA